GGUGGUCGUAUGUGCGGUGGUGGUCUCGAGUUUUUAGUCAGGUAGGAGCUCGACUCUUAUGCUCCCCGCCCACUUCGCCGUCGCUCCUCCUCCUCAUCUCCAGUAGUGGCCGCCUCGUCCAUGGACGAUGUAAGCCGCGAGGGGCUAAGCUGCCAAGGCAGGCAGUCAUGGUCACAUACCGGCGAUAAACGCGUCGCUGAACGCUCCAGAGUCUGCCUAUCUCGGCCUCUUCCUGUCCCUUCUUCCAGGGGGCGUGUUCGCGCGUGAGGGAGUCAGGAGAGAAGCCUUCCUUGUUUUCUUUUGCCUUCGGAGCGCCGCCAUGUCCAGCUCCUCCUCGCAGACUCCUCCUCACCACCAGCCCCCGCAGCGGAUGCGCCGUGGCGCCGCCGGGUCCCCAACCAGCGGUAACGCCGGGGUUUCGGUCGGUAGUAAUGGGUCUGGCGGCGGAGGAAACGGCGUUGGAAGCGCCCCCGGUGGUGGCGCUGGGACUAGCCGGUUGCUCCAACCGAUCCGCGCCACCGUCCCUUUUCAGCUCCUGAGGGGAAAUCAGCAGAGCCCGACUCGCUUGCCGAUCUCCUCAGCCUCCGUGGGGAGUAAUACCGGCCCUGGAGGGCCGCGAGGCGGAGGGGGAGGAGGCGGGGGGAACGGUGGCAGUCCGCCUCCACCAAACUCUACUUCACCGUUGGCUCUGGCGGCCGCUGCUGCCGGUGCCGCCGUUGUUGCUGCCCCGCCGGGAGCAGGCGGGGCGGUAGAACCGAGCAGGGUGAAGGUAAGGCAGAAGCGCUCGCCUGACAGCAGCAGCACCACCGCUACCACCACCACCGCUACCACCACCAACGGCGGCAGGCGGAGGAGCAGCUCACCUGAGAGAAGGAGCCCCAGUUCGCCCAUAUAUAAAGUAGACAAGCCAAAAGUCCAGCAAAUUAGAACAUCUAGUACUAUAAGACGGACCUCUUCAUUGGAUACAAUAACAGGACCUUACCUCACAGGACAGUGGCCCCGAGAUCCUCAUAUACAUUAUCCUUCAUGCAUGAAGGACAAAUCUACUCAGACACCUAGCUGUUGGGCAGAAGAGGUAUUAGAAAAGAGGUCACAUCAGCGUUCAGCUUCAUGGGGCAGCACUGAUCAACUAAAAGAAAUUGCCAAACUGAGACAGCAGCUCCAGCGAAGUAAACAGAGUAGUCGUCACAAUAAAGAAAAGGAACGUCAGUCGCCUCUCCAUGGCAACCAUAUAGCAAUCAACCAGACUCAGGCUUCUAUCUCAAGAUCAGUACCUAUGCCACUGUCAAAUAUUUCAGUGCCAAAAUCAACAAUCUCACGUGUGCCGUGCAAUGUAGAAGGAAUAAGUCCUGAAUUAGAAAAAGUAUUCAUCAGAGAUAACAGUGGAAAGGAGGAAGUAUCGAAGCCCUUAGAUAUUCCUGAUGGUCGGAGAGCACCCCUACCUGCUCACUAUCGUAGCAGCAGCACAAGAAGCAUUGAUACACAAACACCUUCAGUCCAGGAGCGCAGUAGCAGCUGUAGCAGCCAUUCUCCAUGCAUUUCUCCUAUUUGUCAUCCUGAAUCACAGGAUGGGAGUCCUUGUUCUACAGAAGACGUGCUUUAUGACCGUGAUAAAGACAGUGGGAGUAGCUCACCGUUGCCCAAGUAUGCCUCCUCUCCUAAGCCCAACAACAGCUACAUGUUCAAACGAGAGCCCCCAGAGGGAUGUGAACGAGUGAAGGUCUUUGAGGAAGUGUCGACUCGUCAGCCUGUCUCAACCCCUCUCUUUUCAUGUCCUGACAAAAAUAAAGUUAAUUUCAUCCCAACUGGAUCAGCUUUCUGUCCUGUAAAACUUUUGGGUCCUUUAUUACCUUCUUCUGAUCUGAUUCUCAAAGGCUGUCCAAACUCUAGUCAAAGCACAUCUUUGAGUACUCUGACUGUGGAUCAGCUUUCUUCUCGGGUUACUUUCUCUUCUCUGUUGGAUGACACCAGCACAAGGGACUCUUCAGAGAUCUUAGUACAACAGCCAUCCCAGCAAUCUCCACAGCUUUUGCAAGAACUGCAACCUGAAGAACACUCCCCUCCUCAAAAUUAUGUUGUAAUCUAGUACAAAAUAGACAGUUGGUGUAAAACAUAAUUGCAUGAGUGGCCACUUUUCCAGGAAAAAAAAGCUAUUUUUCAGCAUCUUUCUAUAUUUCAAAGCUCUUCUUGGCAGGGAUGGAAAUGCUCUGAUUCAGCAUUUUUGUAUUGUGGGGAGCAAAAUGCUUGCAGAAUAUAUCAUUAAGCAUUUUAAGUGGAGACUACGCAUUUCAUAGAAUGAUGAGAGUAGUACUGUUUCCUGUGUUUUUCUUUUUAAAAUUCUACAGUAUAAAUAAGCUCUGUAUCAAACAAAGGUUGCCUGUCUAAAUAGAAAAUGUUUUGCUGUGUUGUGUUCUAUAGAAGAUACUGUAUUUCAAGAUUAUGUUUACAAUUUAUCCAGGUAUUUAUGUUUUAAAUUUCUGUGAUACAUACAAUGUAGAAAAAGAAAACCCAAAAGAAAAAUGACCACAACAGUUGCACAGUGCCCACCUGAGGGCAUAGCUUCAGGUAUUUCUCUCAAAGUCUAAACUCAGGUAUCUUGGAAUGUAUAUCAUACUGGGAUAUAAAAUAUUUUACAGCUGAAAAGCUAAAGAGGGAUCAUCACUCUUCUGCCUUUUUAUUGUUUAUGCAUUAAUAGUUCCUCAUUACAUUCCACUUACUUUGAGGAAAAUACAUUCAGAUCCAGAGAACUAUUACUUUGGUGAACAUGAGGAAAGCUAGCAAAUUUGUGAUGUACAGCUUCACUUCAUGUCAUUACAAGUAAAACAACUGUUGCAUUUCAUUUCAUUGUGGCAAUUAUGGCAUUGAAAAGCAUCAGGUGUUGCACAGUUAAUGACUGUUAAGCUGUUCUGAAUAAAGUGUUGUUAUAACACUGUACAUAAGCAACAUUCCAUGGUGAGUGUGUGCGUGUGAGAGAGGGGGGGGUGGAGGGAGAGAGAGAGAGAUGCCUAACAAAGCCAAGUAUACUUUUGUCGAUUUCCACAAAUUUGCCAGGUUUGGGAAGUUGAUAGGAAUUUUCUCUCAAGCUUGUGCUGGUGAGUUAAGGUUGUGAAAUGCUACUGUUACAAUAUUAAGAGUCUAAUUAAUGUUUAGUUUCUCUUUUGGGGAAAUACUAACUUGUGUCUUUGUUGCUAAAAAAUUCUAAAUUGUUUUGACAAGCAAUGAAUGAUAAAUUAUUUUAUCUAUAAAAUGUGUAUAUCACACCUGGAUUAAGAAAAAUCUCUUAAGCAGCAUAUAACGUAUUUAAAAAAACAACAACAAAAAGGUAAGGAAAAAAGCAAUAGUUGUUAAGUUAUAUUAUCUAUUCAAAGUCUUUGUAAUAUCCUAGUAAAUUUAUUUUUCAUUAGACUGCUGAAGUUUGUCUUCAAAACAGCUGCGCACCCAUGGAACAUCCAGCAGCAUUUUUCACUGCUCUGAAACCGCAAAAGCAGUGGUUUUGGAGAUAAUAAUCGGCAGAAGAAAGGGGACUCCAAGACAAGAAGCAUUUAAUAUUCCCGUGUCUCUGCUUUUGGCUCUGUGCGAGUAGUUUUAUGCAGGGUUUGACUCUUGUUCAGAAAUGGAAAAGGUUGACAUGACUGCAGCUUCUGUAUUUAUGCCCAUUUAAUUAUUUUCUUUUGAGGACAAGUUGGGGCAAGAAGAAAGGGGAUAAUAAAGGUGCCUAAGAAAAGACAUGGAAAAUAAGUAGCUGCUACAUGUUGUAUGGCUUCCUUUGUAUUAUUACCAAAGAGUUUGGUAAAAAAAAAAAAAAACUGUUAGGGAAGGUAGACCAGUGGCAUUUAUAUGGCUGUAGAAGCAGGCUGAGUGAAAGUUAAAGAUUAGUUACUUUCACACAGGGUUUUUUGGUCUGUUUUUUUUUUUUCCUUUUGGGAAAAGGUAUAUAUAAUCCUACUAAACUCAGGCUUUGGCGAAAGUGCUAUAUAAUUUUUGUGUUAAGGUAUAAGGAAAAAGCAUUCAAUUUUUCUGACAAAUGUGCAUUCUUUAAAGUUUUACUUUUAAGUGUUAAAGUGCAUUUCCAUUUUUAUUCUUGAGCCGUUUUCAAAUGUAACAAUAGCUUGAUUCUUAAUGUUAGGGUUUAUGAAAAGCUCUGUCAGAUCAAGAAUGAAUUCUGUGUACAAUAUUUACAGUGAUACUGCUUGUUCUGUUUCAUGAGAAACUAAAUAUUAAUUAUCACUUGCAUUUGUUUUUAGCUUAUUCAAAAAUUCUGAAUAAAAUAUAUUAAAAUUAAUGAUUUGUGAUGUAAAUUUUCCAGCAAUUAUUGAUCUCUGGUAUAUCCUACAUUCAUUUGUAGAAGAUUGUAAGAUACUGUUUCAAGCGUGUUGUGUAUAGUUGUCAUUUCCAGCCUCUGUGCUGAGCAGUAUUCAAAUUACCACAUAUUUGCUUUACCCCUGAAAAAAACUGUUUUUCAGUAUAAAAGUUCCUAUGCCUAUUUAAAUGAAAUUAUUAGGAAAACAUACACUAAAAACUGCAAGUAUAAUAUGACUGAUUUAUUUGUAAACUAGAUAAAAGGUGUAAUUGAAACAAAAGAGAUGAGAUUUUGAACUUCCCCACUGCAGACAUAAAUUGUCACCUGUUUUGCUUUUAGUUGAACUUCAUGUCUGUUCAUGGGAAGAAAAUCAAUUUGAAGUUUAAGAUAUUUAUCUUCAUGCUUAUGAAAAAAGAGUAGUGAGACUUAAGAUGCUUUAUAUUUCAUAGAAUGCAUCAAACCACUUUAUUUUAGUCAUCAACCAGAAAAUCAUAGGGCGGGUAUCAUUAGUUAGGUUUUCUAAGCAGUAAUCCAAUUUUGUCCUUCAAUUGUAUAUUUAAUCAAACCAAUUCAUUUAUUUCUCCCAUAAGAUGGUGUAAUAUAAUAUGAUAAAUACAUAACAUUUCUGAAAAUAUUAGCUUACUUACCCUGGAUAAGCACGUUGUUUAAUUUCUUACAGUUUUAAUAUAAACCAUACUGAUUCAAUGACUGACUGACUUAUUUCUU